AUGGCAGAACCUGCAUUGGACCUGGAGCUGAGGAAAGCAUAUGGGAACUUGGGAGACUUCGAAACCUCGACAUUCCAAUUUGCUCGCUCGGACGGAAUCACCGCUGAUGCGGCAAACAUUUACCCGCAACACGUUGACAGAUUAUUUCCGCUUGAACACGUUUCCCAGUGGGCGGAAACGAAGAGAGCAGAAAUGGAAGCUGCCAGAGCUCAGAUGCCCAAGCCUGGAGAUGAUGAGACACCCGAGGGUGCUUACAACCCCAUCAUCGACCGCCAUGAGAUUCGGAUUCUGGAGCUCCUUCCGGGCCACUUCAGCGACAAGCUCAAGGGCGCACUGCACCACUGUUCGGUUGAGUUCGAAUUUGAUGUCGAAUCUGAUGAGAGGCCGUACGACGUACGCUACUUCCGCACAAGACAUGGCCUCUCCAUGGAGGACCUGACCCAGCCCGUAUGGUACACGGCACUGAGCUACACCUGGGGGGUGCCCAAUCCCAGCACAGACAGCGUCAUUGAAUGCGACGGUUUCGAACUCAAAAUCACCCAUUCCCUGGACGUAGCGCUUCGGCAUUUCCGCCAGACCGACGAUUCAAUCAACCUGUGGAUCGACCAAAUCUGCAUCGAUCAGAGCAACCAAAGGGAGAAGGAACAGCAGAUUCCACUCAUGUCCAAGAUAUACAGGCAUGCAGUCAAUACGGUUGUCUGGCUGGGCGAGGCAAGUGAAGGAUCGGACAACGCAUUCGAGCUGCUUAAAUUCAUCGGCACUGUGUUCCAGAUGACGGUGGACGCACCUCCACCCCAGGAUUUCGAACGCCUGUUCCUGCCCAGCGCACACGAUGGCGCCUGGAAACAUCUCUGGGAUCUCGUCAACCGGCCGUGGUUCAACCGACUCUGGAUCGUCCAAGAAUGCAUCCUCUCGGACAAUCUGUGGGUCGUGUGCGGCGACACCACCGUCUACUGGGAAGAACUCACCAACGGCUUCAGUAACCUCGUGCGUAGCGGUCUGGCAGACUGGCUGCAGAGCGAGCACGGCCAGGCAGGACCAGACAGCCAGACGCGGGGAUGGGAUUCCAUGCACAUGCUGGGCGAGGAGCGGACGCACUACCACAGCUUCCAACAAACCCCCUCCCUCUUCGGCCUGCUGUCCCGUACCCGCAACGCGCAGGCCUCGGAUCCCCGGGACAAAGUGUACGGCCUCCUGGGCGUCUGCACCGCCACCGGCAUCCAAGUCAGCUACGACCCCGCCAACACCGUCGCCGCCGUCUACCACGCCGCCACGCUCGCCUGCCUCGGCGCCGGCCGCGAAUAUCUCCCCCCCAUCCUCUCCUGCGUCGACCACUCCCCGCAGCAGCAGCGGCACGCCGACCUCCCCUCCUGGGUCCCCGACUGGAGCCUCCCCCGCCAGACGAGCCCGCUCGGCCUCUCCACCAGCUCCAACGCCAUCUACCGCGCCGGCGGCCGCUCCCCCACCCCGCACCCCCUCUUCUCCCUCGUCACCCCCACCGCCAAACCCGCCCUCCGCCUCCCCGGCAAGAUCUUCCACCCCAUCACCGCCCUCACGCCCCCCUGCGACAACCCCGACAUCUCCGCCAUCUCCCCCUCCACCGCCAACGCCCACUUCCUCCCCUGGAUCGCCCUCGCCCUCGCCCACUGCCACCCGUACCCCGCCCCGCCCCCCUCCUCCUCCGGCACCACCCCCACCACCCCCACCAGCACCUUCACCGCCUUCCACACCACCCUCGUCGCCGGCUCCACCUCCCCCUCCUCCGGCCAGACACUACACACCCGCGCCCCCGCCGCCGCCUUCGCCGAAACCUUCAGCCUCCUCCUCGACGCCACCACCGGCCGCUCGCCCACCUUCCCCGACCAGACGUACAGCGCGCGGCAGCGGCGUCCCUUGGGAAAGGGCAGGCUGGAGCUGGCGCACCUGCGCGGCGAGCGCGCGCCGGGCAAGACGUGCAGGGAGGCGGCGGCGGCGGUGCGGAGGGCGGUGAGGGGGCGGAGGCUGGCGGCGCUGGGGGAGGGGGAGGGGUGGAUGGGGUUGUGUCCUGGGGGCGCGAGGGUGGGGGAUAGGGUCGUGGUUGUGGAGGGGGUGGGGGUGCCGUUUGUGGUUAGGGAGGUGGAAGGCGAGGAGGGGGAGGAGGAGGAGGAAGGAGGGGAGGGGCGGGGGGAGAGGAGGUGGAGGCUCGUUGGGGAGUGUUAUGUGCAUGGGAUUAUGGAUGGGGAGGUGAUGGGUAUGGAAGGGGUGCCGAGGGUGGAUGUUGUGUUGGUGUGA